CGCCCGGCCCGGCUGGGAGGGAGCGCCGGGGUGCGGCGGGCAUGGAGCGGGGCCGGGACGGGGAGGAGGAGCUGGAGGAGGAGGAGGAGGAGGAGGAUGAGGAGGAGGAGGAUGGCGGCCCGGAGAGCGCCCUGGAGAAGAGCCCGUUCCAGCUGACGGCCGCGGAUGUCUACGACAUCUCCUCCGUGGUGGGCCGGGACCUGCUGCAGCUCCGCGCCGGGCCGCAGCUGCCCGCCGCCCGCGCCCGGCUGCAGUUCAGGAUCGUCAGGGUGCUGGAGAUGCUGGAGGCGCUGGUGAGCGAGAGCAGCGUGGCCGAGGAGCAGCUGCGGCGGGAGCGGGACAGCCUCCGGCGGGAGCUGGAGCAGCUGCGGGCGGCGGCCCGCGGGAGCGCCCCGCAGCCCAGCCUUGGACCAGAUCAGAUGGUGAUAGACCUCACAGACCCCAACCGGCCCCGGUUCACGUUACAGGAGCUCCGAGAUGUACUGCAAGAGAGGAACCAGCUGAAAGCUCAGCUUCUGGUGGUGCAAGAGGAGCUACAGUGCUAUAAGAGUGGGAUCAUCUCACAGAAAAGAGACCAAACUGAAGAACUGCAAAAAGAAGCCAGUGGCAGCAGUGCUGGCACGAGCAAGGACAGUGAAGAGAAGACAAUCAUCAAACGACUGUUUUCUUUUAAACAUGGAAAAUGAGCUUCCUCAAGGACUUUGCUGCUGGUGAGAAUGGCACUGAUGAGCCUCAGAGGCGUUGGGAGACAAUGAUUGGAAGCAGCAGCAUCACUCCUACUGUAGAGAAUGAGCAAUCUCAUUAAAAUCAUGUUGUAUAAUAUUCUUUCAGAAUAGAUUGUACUCUGCUUUUUCAGAAGCUGUUUGAAAUGGACACUUUUUGUAUUUUCUUACUGUCAGACAUUAGCCACAUGUAGAAAAUAAAACGUUUAUACAAA